UAGCAAUUGGAAACAGUUCAGCUUCUUCAGUUAUUUCUUUGUUUCGCACGAGUUAAGUGUACUUAAGUGUGGAGCUCUCCGGAAGCGCUUACAGCGACUAAAAUCGUAAAACGAAGAAGGUGCUCUGCUCUGCUCUCUGGACGUUAGUUGAGAACUUGGUGCGCGUUUCAGGUGCCAAUAGGACCGACCGGAAGUUAACCUCUCGCGGUAACAACAGUACAGUGCGCCCUAGAGUGUGCAGGAAGGAGCAGGAGUGAGUGAGUGUGCGGCGUGUACGGUAUCGAUUCGCGAGUCUGACCCGUGCGUGUACUUCCCCCCGGCCCCCCUCGUGUGGAUUACCUGGUUGGUGACCGGCCUCGGCAGCGGAGAAGAAGUGAUUCCAGAAGGAAAGAACGAAAGAAAAACGGGGAACAGCAUCGAAAUCGGGGAUUACCUCUGAAGUCUGAAGUCAGCAGCAGGAAGCAAGCAAUUCAAAUCUCAGCCAACAAAAUGUCCGAAGCGGUCGAAGUCGAGCAAAUCAUCGAAACCAAGCCAAGAAAGAUGGCCCUGCCCACAUCCCUCGACAAGGACGCCAUCCGGGAAGCGUACGAGGACGUUCGAUCGAACCUCACCGACAACGAGUGGGCGGUGUUCAAAUUCGAUGGGCUCAAGAUCGUCUGCUCGGAUAAGGGCAUCGGCUUCGACGAGUUCUGCGCCCAGUUCCACGACAACGAGCGAGCCUUCGGCUACAUCCGGAUACAGAUGGGCGACGAGAUGUCCAAGCGGAGCAAGUUCAUGUUCGUCACCUGGAUCGGACCGGAGGUGGGCGUGAUGCAGCGGGCCAAGAUGUCCACCGACAAGUCGAUUAUCAAGGAUGUGAUCAAUAAUUUCGCCGUCGAGCUGCAGGUGGAAUCGAGCAACGACCUAGACCUCAUGAUGUUCAAAGAGCACCUGAACAAAGCCGGCGGAGCCAACUACGGUACCGGUGUUCGUGAACUGUAGAAAAACGCUUUAGGAUUAUCACCCUCCCAAAAACAAAUCCUCAACCUAUUCCCCCUAUUCUUUCUUGUGACAAUCUGCAACGAAAUAAUCACGUCCUCACACACCCACUAAAAUGUAGUAGUUAAGAGAAAAAAACAACAGUUGCAGAACAACCAUCGUCUUCCCCAUCCCUCUUUCCUAUAAAGUAAAACUUCCUAUUUAUAUACUUCAUUAUGUUUAAACCAAAAUUGUGAUUUUGAACGAAUUUUUGACACAAGGAAAAUCAUCUUUUGGAGGUUGUUUACACGCAGUCCCGUCAUCAUCCCCACUACUCCCUCUUGUUCACGAUGACACCACACAUAUUAUCAAUGAGUAUAAGCAUCAAAAAACGAAUAUUGGAAACACAUUGCAAUAUUAUCAUACUAAUUGAUCUAGUUAUUAAGUGUACACGCAAGAAACAAACAAACAAAUAAAAAGAACUCCUAUUGGAUCGCAAGUUCGCUGCCGCAAUUCCAUCGAAACCUCAAAGCUGCGGCGUGCGUGAUUGACGAAUAACGAAUGGCUUCAAAGCAAACAAACAAGCAGGAUAUAUCAAACAUCCCAUUUGUUGUUUGACAAACCGAUCAAAUCGCAGAUUUCUUUUUUGAAACCAACCCUAUUUUUUACGCAAGUGUAUAGAAGAACAACGACAACGAUGAUGCAUGAGAGAAACAGACAGAUGCACCACGUGUGCGUGUGUGCAUCUCUCUCCAUCUCUCUCUCUCGCGCCGGUGUAUGUGUGUGCCUGACGACAAUGCGAUGAUGGAAUGGAAUCAUCCAUCUUUUUUUGAUACGACGACGAUGACGAUUGUGUAAUUAUGACAAAAGGGCGCCGUUACACACACACGUACACCACAUAACCUUAGUAGCAAGCAAGCAGGCAAACAAGCGCGUCGUGUAAUUUUGAGACGGAAUAAAUAUAUGUAGACGGAAGAAUUUCCGGAAAAUUA